AUGCAGCAGUCCGCCUCGGCCCUGCCUCCUGUGCUGAAGAGCCAAGAUGUGAAUCGGAUCCUCCAGAAGGGCGCCGCCGCGCGGGCUGUGGAGCUGAAAGAGCUGGUGCGCAUUUGCUCCGAAGAGCCGCACCGGAUUCGGCUCCAGCGCAGUGCCUACACCAAGCUCAUCCGCGCCCUGGGCGUGUCCAAGCGCAAGAUGUGGAGAGAGGCCUGGAUGCUGCUGGAGAAAUGCCGGGAGUUCCUGAUCAAUGACGACGUUAUCAUGUACAACACGGUGCUUCAGGUCUUUGCUCAAGCCAGCCACUGGCUGAAAACCAUGUCCCUCCUGAACGACAUGCUGAUCUACGGGCCCUUCCCGGAUAUCGUCAGCUUCAACACCGCACUGAGCGCCCUGAAGCGCAGCAGGCUGUGGAGGCGGGUUCUUCAAGUGCUGGCGGCCAUCCCAGAGGCCAACCUGGAGGCAAACCAAAGGACAUACAGCAUCGCCGUUGCUGCGUGCAAAGAGAACAAAGAGAAGUCCCGGGAGUUGAUGCUGGACAUGACCAGGCGAUCCAUGGCUCCUGGAAAUAUUGUCCGGACUGCGUUUCUUGCCGCCUCGGGCGACGCGGAGUGGCAAGUCUGCCUCCAACAAGUCCAGGAGCUCCGCUCAGGUGGGGACAUCCCUGACGCGCAGAUGCUGACGACGGCGGUGGUUUCCUGUGGGAAGAUCAGCCAAUGGCCUUGGGCUGUGAAGCUCUUGGACGAGGCGGAUUGGCGCGCGCAGCGGGACCUGGGCCUACGGAGCGCGGUGGAGAUGGCGCUGCUCAAGGCCGGCCAAGCGCAAAAAGCUGAGGUGGUGCGCACCACCCGACCUCCGGCAGCCAAGGCUUUUGAAGGCCUGGAGGUGCCGCUCACUCGCCGCGCCGAGCUCGCCUCGGGCGCGGCCAAGAUGGCCGCUGCGCAGGUGGGCGCGUGGCAGGUGGCCGUGGAAGUGCUGGAGGGCCUUUGGCAGAAGCGGCGCCGACCUAACGGCCGCCUGCUGCGCGAUGCUGUGGAGCUUUGUGGGGAGCAGGCCUGGGCCUGGGCCAUUCAUCUCUUGGCGACCGCCACAGCGAGGGACCUUCGCCCCUCGGGUGAGAUCUACGACGCCCUGCUGGGGGUUCUGCGCCUCAGAUGGCGCAGCGCCGUGGACGUCUUGGAGGAGAUGCCUCGACGCAGGAUCGCUUGGUCCGUUUUUUCCUGCAGCAGAUGCCUGAGUGCUUGCGCCGCGGGGGGUGACCGCCUGGAGGCCAAAGGUGCCUUCGAGGUCUCCACCUGGCCCUUCGCCCUGGGCUUCCUUGGGGAGGCGCGGGAGGUCGGCUUGGAGGUGGAUGCCGCCAUGUGCAACCCUGCGAUCCGAUGCUUGUCGCAGUGGAGGAAGGCUCAGCUGCUGCUUCAACGCAUGAGCCUCGAUGGUCCGCAGCCCACUGAGAAAACUCUGGACAGCAUUGCCUCGGUCUACGCCAAGCGACAGUGGCAGCAGGCGCUGAGACUUUUUGAGGAAGCCUUGCAGCUGCGCUUUGGAGUCAACGGGGUCGCCAAUUCCAUUCUGCAGACCUUGCAGAUGCAGCAUCACUGGCAGCUGGCGGUGGUGGUCAUUGAGCAUUUCCUGAAGGCGGCUCCCUGCGCGUGGAGGCCGUCAUCUUCCUUUUGCACGAAUGCCAUGCUUGCCUGGUCCCAAAUGUGAAGACCUGGCAUGGUUUGGUGGGCCUGGGAUGUUGGCAGCUGUCGGCCACUUUGCUGGAGGAUGAGCUCUGUGACUCGGAGUUCCGCGCUGUAGCAGCUGAUGCGGUGCGAGCAGGCUGGAUGGAAAGCCUCAGCCGCCUGGAGGAUGUGCUACCAG